GGCUCUUUCUUCCUCGCUUUCUUCGUUUUCGGGCUUGGGGAUUCCCUCUUGGUCCCACGCUCCGAUGGACGAAACGCGGUGCUGGGGCUGAAAGGCUGUUUGAACAGUUUAACUCAAAACAUGGAUAUCAGACCAAAUCAUACAAUUUAUAUCAACAAUAUGAACGACAAAAUUAAAAAAGAAGAAUUGAAGAGAUCCCUGUAUGCCCUGUUUUCUCAGUUUGGCCACGUGGUAGAUAUUGUGGCUUUAAAGACCAUGAAGAUGAGGGGGCAAGCCUUUGUUAUAUUUAAGGAACUGGGUUCAUCCACAAAUGCCUUGAGACAGUUACAAGGAUUUCCAUUUUAUGGCAAACCGAUGCGAAUCCAGUAUGCAAAAACAGAUUCUGAUAUAAUAUCUAAAAUGCGUGGUACUUUUGCUGACAAAGAAAAGAAAAAAGAAAAGAAAAAAGCCAAAACUGUGGAACAGACUGCAACCACCGUGAACAAGAAACCUGGUCAGGGAACACCAAAUUCGGCUAAUACCCAAGGAAAUGCAACACCAAAUCCUCAGGUCCCUGAUUAUCCUCCAAACUAUAUUUUAUUCCUUAAUAAUUUACCGGAAGAGACUAAUGAGAUGAUGCUAUCCAUGCUGUUUAAUCAGUUCCCUGGUUUCAAGGAAGUACGUUUGGUACCUGGGAGGCAUGACAUUGCUUUUGUUGAAUUUGAAAACGAUGGACAGGCUGGAGCUGCCAGGGAUGCUUUACAGGGCUUUAAGAUCACACCAUCCCAUGCCAUGAAGAUCACUUAUGCCAAAAAAUAACAUUUGGGAUAGUUGUCUUUAAAGGACUUGGUAUUUAUGGUGUUUGUUUUGAUAAUGUUUGGUCAGGCCAUUUUAAUGGGGGGAGUAGGGAUGUGUAUGUGAAAUUUUUGUAAAGGAUUUAAAAAAUUACCUAGUCUUUGGUUAGCCUCAGUGAACUGUGAACUGCAAAGGCCUUAAUUUUGCCCAAUAAACAUUUAUUUGUA